CGGGCGUCGCGCUAACACAGGAACCGGUCGCUGAGCGUCCCCGCCAGCAGGAUGAAGUUAAAGGAAGUAGACCGUACGGCCAUGCAGGCCUGGAGCCCUGCCCAGAAUCAUCCCAUUUACCUAGCUACAGGAACAUCUGCUCAACAAUUGGAUGCAACAUUUAGUACCAGUGCUUCCCUUGAGAUAUUUGAAUUAGAUCUUUCUGAUCCAUCCUUGGAUAUGAAAUCUUGUGCCACCUUCUCUUCUUCGCAUAGGUACCACAAGUUGAUUUGGGGGCCUCAUAAGAUGGAUUCCAAAGGGAAUGUCUCUGGAGUUCUGAUUGCAGGUGGUGAAAAUGGAAAUAUUAUUCUUUAUGAUCCUUCUGAAAUUAUAGCUGGAGACAAGGAAGUUGUGAUUGCCCAAAAUGACAAGCAUACCGGCCCAGUAAGAGCCUUGGAUGUGAAUAUUUUCCAGACUAAUCUGGUAGCCUCUGGUGCUAAUGAAUCUGAAAUCUACAUUUGGGAUCUCAACAAUUUUGCAACUCCAAUGACACCAGGAGCCAAAACACAGCCCCCAGAAGAUAUCAGCUGCAUUGCAUGGAACAGACAAGUUCAGCAUAUUUUGGCAUCAGCCAGUCCCAGUGGCCGGGCCACUGUAUGGGAUCUUAGGAAAAAUGAACCUAUCAUCAAAGUUAGUGACCAUAGUAACAGGAUGCAUUGCUCUGGGUUGGCGUGGCAUCCUGAUGUUGCGACUCAGAUGGUCCUUGCCUCUGAGGAUGAUAGAUUACCAGUGGUCCAGAUGUGGGAUCUUCGCUUUGCUUCCUCUCCACUCCGUGUCUUGGAAAACCAUGCCAGGGGGAUUUUGGCAAUUGCUUGGAGCAUGGCAGAUCCUGAAUUGUUGCUGAGCUGUGGAAAAGAUGCUAAGAUUCUCUGCUCCAACCCAAACACAGGAGAGGUGUUAUAUGAACUUCCCACCAACACGCAGUGGUGCUUUGAUGUUCAGUGGUGUCCCAGAAAUCCUGCUGUCUUAUCAGCUGCUUCCUUUGAUGGGCGUAUCAGUGUUUAUUCUAUUAUGGGUGGGAGCGCAGAUGGCUUAAGGCAGAAACAAGUUGACAAGCUUUCAUCAUCUUUUGGAAAUCUUGAUCCCUUUGGCACAGGACAGCCCCUUCCUCCAUUACAAAUUCCUCAGCAGACUGCUCAGCAUAAUAUAGUGUUGCCUCUGAAGAAGCCACCCAAGUGGAUCCGAAGACCUGUUGGUGCUUCCUUUUCAUUUGGAGGCAAACUGGUUACCUUUGAGAAUGUCAGAAUACAGGCCCAGCAGGGAGCUGAGCAGCAGCAACAGCAACACCAUGUGUUCAUCAGUCAGGUGGUGACAGAAAAGGAAUUCCUCAGCCGAUCGGACCAACUUCAGCAAGUCGUGCAGUCGCAAGGAUUUGUCAGUUACUGUCAGAAAAAGAUUGAUGCUUCUCAGACUGAUUUUGAGAAAAAUGUAUGGUCCUUUUUGAAGGUGAACUUUGAGGAUGAUUCUCGGGGAAAAUACCUUGAACUUCUAGGAUACAGAAAAGAAGACCUAGGAAAGAAGAUUGCUUUGGCCUUGAACAAGGUGGAUGGACCCGAUGUGGCUCUUAAAGAUUCUGACCAAGUAGCACAGAGUGAUGGGGAGGAGAGCCCUGCUGCUGAAGAGCAGCUCUUGGGAGAGUGCAUUAAAGAGGGAAAACAAGUAUCUGAAUUUCUACCAUCAGCAGGAGGAACAUUUAACAUCUCCAUCAGUGGCGAUAUUGAUGGUUUAAUUACUCAGGCUUUGCUGACGGGUAACUUUGAGAGUGCUGUUGACCUUUGUUUACAUGAUAACCGCAUGGCUGAUGCCAUUAUAUUGGCCAUAGCAGGUGGACAAGAACUCUUGGCUCAAACGCAGAAAAAAUAUUUUGCAAAAUCCCAAAGCAAAAUUACCAGGCUAAUUACUGCAGUGGUGAUGAAGAACUGGAAAGAAAUUGUUGAGUCUUGUGACCUUAAAAAUUGGAGAGAGGCUUUAGCUGCAGUAUUGACUUAUGCUAAACCAGAUGAAUUUUCAGCCCUUUGUGAUCUUUUGGGAACCAGGCUUGAAAGUGAAGGUGAUAGCCUCCUGCAGACUCAAGCAUGUCUCUGCUAUAUUUGUGCAGGGAAUGUAGAGAAACUAGUUGCAUGUUGGACUAAAGCUCAAGAUGGAAGCAGUCCUUUGUCCCUUCAGGAUCUUAUUGAGAAAGUUGUCAUCCUGCGAAAAGCUGUACAACUCACCCAAGCCAUGGACACCAAUACUGUAGGAGUUCUUUUGGCUGAGAAGAUGAGUCAGUAUGCCAAUUUGUUGGCAGCCCAAGGCAGUAUUGCUGCAGCCUUGGCUUUUCUUCCUGAAAACACCAACCAGCCAAAUAUUGUGCAGCUUCGUGACAGACUUUGUAGAGCACAAGGACAGCCUGUACCAGGACAGGAAUCACCUAAAAUUCCUUAUGAGAGGCAGCAGUUGCCCAAGGGCAGGCCUGGACCAAUGGCUGGCCACUCACAGAUGCCAAGAGUUCCAACUCAACAAUAUUAUCCGCAUGGAGAAAAUCCUCCACCUCCAGGUUUCAUAAUGCAUGGAAAUGUUAACCCAAAUGCUGCCACAGCUCAGCUUCCCACCUCUCCAGGUCAUAUGCACACCCAGGUACCACCUUAUCAACAGCCACAGCCUUAUCAACCAGCCCAGCAGUAUUCCUUCGGAACAGGGGGGUCAACAAUGUAUCGACCUCAGCAGCCUGUUGCUCCUUCUGCUUCAAACGCUUACCCUAACACCCCUUACAUAUCUCCUGCUUCUUCCUAUUCUGGGCAGUCUCAGCUGUAUGCAACACAGCACCAGGCCUCUCCACCUACCUCCAGCUCUGCUGCUUCUUUCCCUCCUCCCCCUUCCUCCGGAGCAUCCUUCCAGCACGGCGGACCAGGAGCUCCACCAUCGUCUUUAGCUUACGCGCUGCCUCCUGGAACAACAGGUACACUGCCUGCUGCCAGUGAGCUGCCUGCGUCGCAAAGAACAGGUCCUCAGAAUGGAUGGAAUGAUCCUCCAGCUUUGAACAGAGUACCUAAGAAGAAGAUGCCUGAAAACUUUAUGCCUCCUGUUCCCAUCACAUCACCAAUCAUGAACCCUUUGGGUGACCCCCAGUCACAGAUGCUGCCGCAACAGCCUUCAGCUCCCGUACCUCUGUCAAGCCAAGCUUCAUUUCCACAGCCACAUCUUGCGGGUGGCCAGACCUUCCAUGGCAUACAACAACCCCUCGGUCAAGCAGGCAUGCCACCAUCUUUCUCCAAGCCCAAUAUUGAAGGCGCCCCCGGGGCUCCUAUUGGAAAUACCAUCCAGCAUGUGCAGUCUUUGCCAACAGAAAAAAUUACCAAGAAACCUAUUCCAGAUGAGCACCUCAUUCUAAAGACCACAUUUGAGGAUCUUAUUCAGCGCUGCCUCUCUUCAGCCACAGAUCCUCAAACCAAGAGGAAGCUAGAUGACGCCAGCAAACGCUUGGAGUUUCUGUAUGAUAAACUUAGGGAACAGACACUUUCACCCACAAUCAUCAGUGGUUUACACAACAUUGCAAGGAGCAUUGAAUCGCGAAACUACUCAGAAGGAUUGACCAUCCACACCCACAUAGUUAGCACCAGCAACUUCAGUGAGACCUCAGCUUUCAUGCCAGUUCUCAAAGUCGUUCUCACCCAGGCCAAUAAGCUGGGUGUCUAAGAGGACACAUCUUUACUCCCAGCCCAUAUUGCCAUUUUUCCAAAGAAACAUAUUUUAAAAAAUGUUAAGAUAUGGACCAAUCCUCAUUAGCAUGUUUCCAUUAACAGCCAGUCAAGAGCAUUUACACUAUUUCUGCAGAUAUACUCACCUUAGAACUGCUCAAAACCCAGGUGCUUUCUCUUGUUUUAAUCUUUUAUUGCCCAUGAUGAUUUUCCUAUUCUGCAAAUAGUGUAUUUCCUGGAUUACACUUAGUGUGUUUUCCUGAAGUAUUCUGAUAAAAUGUGGUUUUUAAAACCUCAGUAUACUUUUUGGAAAAAGAGCAUCUGGUUAUGCAUAAAGCGGAGCUAAAACUAAGUUUCUUUCGUGUCCUCCCUACUUCCUCUGUGUCAAUCACAUUAAAGUGUGUAAUCCU